AUGGGCGAAGAUUCAGCCAGUGAAGAAGACGAUGAGUGCACGCCUCCAGAUGUUGCUAUGGAUGUGAAUCCCACAUGCGAUGAAUGUGAUUACAUGACCGAAGAAGAGGAUGAUCCCGACGAUUUGUAUAAACCGGAAGGAACAAUAUACCUUGAUAUCGACGGCUUUAGUCAAUUUUGUGAAGGAUCGUCUGAAACACAACAACGUCUUUCCAAACCCGUAUUUGUUCGAGGUCUUCCAUGGAAAAUCUUAGCAAUCCCUAGUAAGGCUUUACCUUCUAGAGAUGCCGCCCGAGUAGGAACUGGAGCGCGACCGAACAAAGCUCUCGGUUUUUUCCUUCAGUGCAACGGAGAUUCUGAGGCGGUUGCAUGGAACUGUGUAGCAUCAGCUUCACUCAAGGUUCUGUGUCAGGUUGAUGGUUUUGAAGAUCACUCAAGGCGGAUAACUCAUACCUUUUACCCUAAGGAGAACGAUUGGGGAUACUCACAGUUUCUAACAUGCGAUCAUUUAAUGAACCCUGAAAAUGGUUUUAUUAAAGACGACACCAUUCGCUUAGUAGUUCACGUAUCCGCAGAUGCCCCACAUGGUGUACAAUGGGAUAGUAAGAAACACACGGGUUACAUUGGACUCAAAAACCAGGGAGCUACUUGCUAUAUGAACUCUAUAUUACAAACGUUGUACUUCACUACGAAACUACGAAAUGCUGUGUAUGGCAUGCCUGUGGCGCAGGAUGAUCCGGAAAGUAAUGUUGCUUUGGCGAUGCAACGCGUAUUCUACGAUUUGCAGCAUUCUGACCGACCGGUUGGAACCAAAAAGCUAACGAAAUCGUUUGGCUGGGACUCACUGGAAACCUUCAUGCAGCACGAUGUUCAGGAACUUUGUAGAGUAGAGGACACAAUUCCAAACCUAUUCCGCGGUGUCAUGAAAUCUUAUAUCCGCUGUACAAAUGUCAACUUUGAAAGCAGCAAGGAAGAGCCGUUCUAUGACAUCCAGCUAAAUAUCAAAGGAAAGAGCAAUAUUAUGCAAUCAUUCCAUGAGUACGUUCAAGUAGAACGACUAGACGGUGAAAACAAGUACGAUGCCGGUGAUUACGGAAUGCAACCGGCUGAAAAAGGAGUGAAGUUUGUGUCAUUCCCACCAGUUCUUCAUCUGCAAUUGAUGCGCUUCCAAUAUGACGCAAAUCUUGAUGCAAAUGUGAAAAUCAAUGACAAGUUUGCAUUUCCGGAUAAGCUAUGUCUGAAUGAAUUUGUGGAAGGUAACGGUGAAGACUACACGUACUCACUACACGCAGUCCUUGUUCACUCUGGCGAUUUCCACGGAGGUCACUACGUUGUUUUCAUCAAUACCGGUCUCAGACCACCUGGAGAAAAAUAUAAGCCUAAGCUGAGCUUCCGCAGCGGCCCCCGCAGGCAAUUUUUAGACCAAAAAUCUGUGGUUGUCAAUAAUAAUUGCAUUCCUGAAUCGGUUACGGUACAUGUGGUAGCUGUGCUGACAAAUGGCGUUUUGGAAUUUGUGAAUUUGAACCAUAUGCAUCGAUAA